CGGUGUGCCAUUGGUCUGGAAGCAAGGGAGGCUGAGAGCCCUGCUUUGAGCAAGUUUCUUUCCCAGGGGCUCAGGUAUAUCCAUAAAUAUAUCUCUGUAAAAGAAGGACUGGGGGAAAGGACGAGCGGCCGCUCCUCGCCAUGGGUUUGCCUCUUGAUCAAGUGGAAGAAUUGCGACUCUACCAGCAAACUCUUCUCCAGGAUGGGCUCAAAGACAUGUUGGACCACAAUAAGUUUCUGGACUGUGUCUUGAAAGUCAAAGGGAAGGAGUUUCCCUGCCACCGGCUGGUGCUGGCAGCCUGCAGCCCGUAUUUCCGAGCCAUGUUCCUCUCGGACAUGGAAGAGAGCAAGAAGAGGGAGAUAAGCUUGGAAGACGUCGAUCCGGACGUCAUGGGCAAGAUCCUCCACUACAUCUACACCUCGGAGCUGGAGAUCACGGAGCAGAACGUGCAGGACAUCUUCUCCGUGGCCAACAUGUUCCAGAUCCCCUCCAUCUUCACCGUGUGCGUGUCCUUCCUGCAGAAGAGGCUGUGCCUCAGCAACUGCCUGGCCAUCUUCCGGCUGGGGCUGAUGCUGGACUGUGCCCGGCUGGCCGUGGCCGCUCGGGAUUUCAUCUGCGACCGCUUCGCGCUGGUCUCCCGCGACGAGGAGUUCUACCAGCUCUCCCCCGACGAGCUCAUCGCCAUCAUCUCCAGCGACUCCCUCAACGUGGAGAAAGAGGAGACCGUCUUUGAAGUGGUGGUGAAGUGGGUGGGGACCAAGGACUGCGAGAGCCGGCAGAAGGCCCUGCCUGUCGUCUUCGAGAGCAUCCGCUUCCGCCUCAUGCCCAACGACUACAUCAGGGACCACGUGGAGAAGCACAACGUGGUGAAGUCCAGCCCCGAGCUCCUCAAGAAGCUGCAGAUGGUGAAGGAUGCCCAGAAAGGCAAAUUCACUGUGGUGAAGAAGAAGAAAGUGAAGAAAACCAGUGAAAAUCAAACAAAGGAUAAUGUUGUCAACGGAGCAGUAGAUGAGGAGGAAGACACGGAGGAGGAUGCUCUCCCUGGGAUCUUAAAUGACACCAUGCGCUUUGGGAUGUUCCUCCAGGACCUUAUUUUCAUGGUGAGCGACAGUGGGGCAGUGGCCUAUGAUCCCAAUGCCAACGAGUGCUAUUUUGCCUCCCUGUCCACUCAAAUCCCAAAGAACCACGUCAGUCUGGUGACCAGAGAGAAUCAGAUCUUCAUUGUUGGAGGACUGUACUACAACGAGGACAGCAAGGAGGAUCCCAUGAGUUCCUACUUCCUACAGUACGACCAUCUGGACGCAGACUGGCUGGGGAUGCCCCCCCUGCCCUCCCCUCGCUGCCUCUUUGGCCUGGGAGAGGCAGAAAACUCUAUUUUUGUGGUCGGAGGGAAAGAACUGAAGGAGGGGGAGAAGACUUUGGACUCUGUGCUGUGCUACGACCGGCUGUCCUUCAAGUGGGGUGAAGCUGAUCCCCUCCCCUACGCGGUCUAUGGCCACGCCGUGGUGUCACACAAGGACCUUGUCUACGUCAUCGGAGGCAAAGGAAGUGACAAGAAGUGCCUGAAGAAGGUGUGUGUCUACAACCCAUCCAAGUUUGAGUGGAAGGACAUGGCUCCCAUGAAAACUGCCCGCUCCUUGUUCGGGGCCACCGUGCACAAGGACAAAAUCUACGUGGCCGCCGGUGUGACCGACUCUGGCUUGACCAACUCGGUGGAAGUCUAUGACAUUGCCACCAACAAGUGGGACACGUUCACAGAGUUCCCACAGGAGCGCAGCUCUGUCAGCCUGGUCAGCCUGUCUGGGGUGCUCUACCUGCUCGGAGGAUUCGCCACGGUGGAGACGGAGUCGGGAGAGCUGGUGCCAACGGAGCUCAACGAUGUUUGGAGGUAUGAUGAGGAGCAGAAGAAGUGGGAAGGGGUUCUCCGGGAGAUCCAGUACGCCUCCGGUGCCACGUUCCUCCCCGUGCGCCUCAAUGUCUUGCGUCUCACAAAGAUGUAGGGAUUUGUCAUUUUUCCAUGGUGGGGGGGGGGGGUCUGGGGCAAGGAAGGAUGGGGGGGAGAGAGGUGAUGUUUAUCAGGGAUAUGGCAUCUGGAUGCUGUGUAGGACAUUGCAUCUGUGACUGGGACUUUUUUACUUAGAUGGGAAAUGGGGAAACGAUCUUGAAGCUCUGUGGGAAUUUAAAGAUGCUCUCAAGGUAAUUAGAGGAAGGAUCUGGAGCCUGGAAGGAGAUGGGAGAGGCUGAGAAAAACAGAGCAAUGUGUUAUUCCUGUCUCAGUAGGCAGGACAAAUGGAAGUUUCAAUUCUUUCUUCAUGUUUUUCCCCAUCUUUUCAACUGCUGUUACACCUCCCUUACCAGGCAGAAAGCAGGUCUCAAUGGACUCAGUUAACAUUCCCCAGGGAAAAGGGUCUAUAAAAUAUUUCCCCUCCUAAGCUGUGAGCAUUGUGCUAGAGCCCCCCUUGGAGAGGAGAAGGAAGGGUCAAAGUCAAGCGGUACAGGAGAGACCCAGGUGGAAUUUGAUGAGUUCCUGAGUGAUGAGGGUUGUUGGGAUGAGACAGUUAAAAGGAACGAGCAUGUGAGCAGCAGAAAUGCUCUGAAAGUUGCAAUGAAAAGAAAACAGUCAAGUAAUCUUAGUUCCUUGCCUCCACUUUGACUUCGGAGUGAAGAGAGGUCGGGAGCUGAGCCUGCAGGAGGGGAGGAGUCGUGCAAGUAGUAGGGUGGGAGAGAGGGAGAGAUGGGCAGGGGAGGCCCUGUAUGCUCAUCUCCAGCCUUUUGCCUUCCUCAUCUUCAAUCCCAGAUCACAAUGUCCUCACCUGUGGAUGGACAAGUGCUGUUUUUUUUUAGGGAAAGGUUUUAUAUUUUUGCUGUUUCUCUUUUCCUUUUAAUAGUCAAACCUUUUUUUUUUUAAAAGAGUAUUUCACUUUGCAGAUGUGUUUGGCUCAAAGAGAGCUUCCUACAAGUGAAAAAUGCACAUUUAUCUUAAAGUUAUCCAUAAUGAUGUUUUGAUAGAAACACUACUGUACUGGCAGCAGGACAAAGAUCUGCUAGAGCAAAGAUCUCCUGAUGCCCACACCACCUGACCAGUGGUUCAUUUGAAAAUAAAUGUGACUAUUUCAAAAGAA